AAACCAUUCACGGACGUCUAUCGUGUCACUUCCAAUCGAAUCGUCGAGCGUGUGUGUGUAUGUGUAUGUGUAUGUGUGCAUAAUCGCAGCAUAUAUUCCAAAACAAAUAACGAGAAUACUAAUAGAGAAGAAAUAAAAUGAAAGCGGCGGUAAACAGUGCUCUGUGCAGCGAAGGCGGCGUGCCGGUGUCGUCGAAAGUGUCGAAGCGGCGGGACGUGGAGAACGAGGAGAUCCAAAUGUACCUGUCGAAGUUGAAGGACCUGGUGCCGUUCAUGCCGAAGAACAAGAAAUUGUCGAAGCUGGAGGUGAUCCAGUACGUGAUCGAUUACAUUUGCGAUUUGCAGAACGCCUUGGAAACGCAUCCGGCCGUGAACGCGUUCGACGCCGCCGCCGCCUUGGGACAGAAAAAGUCCCAAGCGGCCGUCAGUCCCAGGCAACCGUUGGGACUGAGGCCUAGUCCCAACACCAUACUGGCCCCCUGCGAGGCGACUGUACUCCAAAAUAUUACGACGCCCGAAAGUCUGACGGAUAGGCAGAUAUCCUGUUGAAUCGGCCUGUAUAUAAAGAAAGAUCUCAUCAAUCGCGUCGUGAUGGCGUCGUCUCAUUCCAUUUUCCCUGAUGAAAGACGGUCUAAUAUCGAUGCAGCGGCGGAAAAGUGGCGGAAAAUCUCCCCGAUAUUAAUUCGCUUUCAAUGGAAACUUCAGGGAUCGACUGAUUUUUAUUCGUCUUCGAAGCGAAAAUGGUGGAGAAAUAGUUGCGAGUGAGGACGAUUAGUUUUUAGUGAUGUACCUGUUAUGUUGCAAUUUUUUUUUGUUAAUUAGAUUUUAUUUUAUUGUUUGUGUACAUAGAUGAAACGUGAGUUAGGCGGGUUUGAAACAAUUUAAAGAAAAAAAAAACACUAAAAACAUGUAAUAUAUAUAAAUAUUAUUAUAUUUAAAAAAAAUAAUAAUGACUCACUAUUGGAUGUUUCGAAAAUUUUCUGUUCGUAACAAUUAAUUCGGUUUAUCUGAAAAUUACUCAUUUCGUGAGAAUGUCGAUUGAAAUUUCGAUAAACUGAGUAAUAAAUUCCAAUUCGGCGGAUUCGGUUAUUAGAAUGGCGAUCGCAAAAUCACUCGAAAUCGAUUCUAAUACGAAUUCGCCCCAAUCACAGAUAAAAUGUACUUUUUUUUGACUAUAUACAGUACGUUCAAGUUAAAUCGGUAGUGACGUCAGGAGCAGAAAUAAUUCAUCGUGACGUCAUAGCUGACUUGUACUUAUUCGCUAUAUCUACUUAUUCGUGAGUUUUCAUUCUGUGAUUUUUUUAGCGUAUAAUUUUGUACAAAACAGUUCUCUUAAGGGAUGUUUUUUAUUUUAAUUUUUUUUUAUUUAAACGUUGGUUGUGCGAGCGCUUUUAUUUUUCGAAAAAAAAAACCGGGAAUCAUCUGAUGGUUGUUGUUGUUUUUUCUUUUCGAUUUUUCGCCCCGAAUAGAUUUCCAACGAGUCGAUAUAUGUAUAAAUAUUAUAUUUUUGUUCUAGAAAAAAACUUUUGUACAUAGUUACCUCUACGGCAACUUAAUGUUGUUAAAAUUUUAUUAUAUGAAAAUUAACGAAUUGAAUAAAUAUGAUUUUUUU